UUAAAGUAGGACAUGUACCCUUGUCUUUCUCAUGAGUCCUUACCUUAUAUAAAUUAAAAUGUGAAGAAAAAAACCUAUAGAACAAAAACCAAGUGAUCUACCAACCAAACAACACUCAUCUUUUCUCUCUUCCAACAAUGGACUCUUCACCAAAUCUCACUCAUCAUCAUGUCAAAGAUCCUCCAAAACAAUGUGAAACCUUCUUCUUAACCGGAAAGUAUCCGUCUUCGCGCCGAACCGCUUCAUUCUCCUCUUGUUCAUCCUCACUCUCACCUUCAUCUUCUUCCUUUGAAUCAUUAUAUUUUCCUGAUGAUCCUCAUUUCAGUCCUGCAUCUCCACUUAAAUUCUCAGGUGUUCCAUUUUCUUGGGAACAUUUACCUGGAAUUCCUAAGAAACAUAACAACUCCAAGAAAAAACAACAAUCUUCCAUGAAACUGUUGCCAUUACCUCCUCCUACUAUAGCUACUACUACAACAAACUCUUCUAAAAAAGUGAUCAACCAUGAAGAUGCAAAGAUUUGGAAGAAGAAUUCAGUUCAAAGUAGCUUUCAAAGGGAUGAUCCUUUCUUUGCUGCAAUGGUUAAAUGCUCAAAGGAUGGUGGUGGUGAUGAUCAUGAAGAAACAAUUGGCAAUUUAUGGAAUAGUGGAGGUAAGGUUUCAAGGAGUAUUAGUGAUCGUUUUGGAUUUAUUAGUCUCUAUGGUUCUUGCAAGAGAACUUGUGCAGUUUCUGAAUCUUUAGUUCUACUUCCAAGCUCAAGAAGAAACACUUAUCAACAAGUUAAUGGCAGGUCCCUCUGAGAUUUUUCCAAUCAGUGAUCCCAAAAUCUACUUGUGUUCAUCUUGUUACUAGGAGAAAAAAAACCAUAAAGAGGUAUUUUAAUUUUUAACUUUUUACUUAAACCUUCCUCUAUUAAAAAACACUUGAAUGAGAUGAGAAUGGUCGCUUCACUCUUAAUCAGAGAUUCUCGGUUCGAACAUUCGAUUUGAACAUAGUUAUGAACACGUCUCAAAGAUUAAUCUCUGCAGUUGUGUGAAGAGGAUUGUCGGUUCAUAAAAAUUUUAUGUCUGUUUUGUUGUUUUGUAAAAUAUGGUAUGUGAAGACAAAUUAUGUCUUUGGAAACCAAAGUGUUGUUAUUAUUAUUGUAAUAUAUUAAUAUAAGUAUAGGAAGAGGUGUUUGUCUUAUUUUCUAAUUUGUUAUGAUUUUAUUUUUUGGAAUCUUGUGUCAUUAGACAUGUAAAUCUCUGAAUACAAUAUAUGCUUUUUGAUGUAUGUCAUGAGAUGUAUCAUAUUUGGAGUGAAAUUUAGAUCAUCCCAUGUGGAAAUAAUGUAUAGGACCAUGGUGGAAAAAGACUGUCAAAUUAUUGAUUUGACUUUUUUAUUUUA